AUGGGUAACUAUAUUACCACUGCUACAUGCCUGCCAUCCGAUACCGCCGGGAAAGUAAUUCUCUGGGAUGGUUCGGUACAAGAGUUUAGCUGUCCCUUGGAAGCGGCGGAGCUGAUGUUGGAGCACCCGCAACAAGUUGUCGUGGAGUUCAACGCAACAAUUAAUCAGAAGAGGCCGAUUCCGUUGCCGGCAGACCAUAAACUCGACGUGAAAAAGAUUUACGUGAUGCUACCGGUGAGACGAGGGAAGCCGAUCACGUUGUCAUCGGAAGAAGCUCGUCGUGUGCUGUCGAGUGCGAAUUCAGUCUUGAGGUCAAAGUCGAUUUUAUCGUCGUCCCCGAAAUUUCUUCCUCUCUUUUCACGGAUUUGCACACGAAAGAUCAUCGCCGACGAGAGGCCUGAUGGGGUUCGGAGUUCAAUGGAGUUAUUUCCGGAGAGUUCAGAAAGUAGGCCGGAAUACUUGAAUAUGCAAUAUUCAGGCAAGGGAUGGAAACCAAGCUUGGAUACUAUAAACGAGAAGGUACGACAUAGGUUGUUUUAA